AUGACUGAACUGAUAAGGAGAAGUUUGCCCCAAUUGACAACAACGGCAACAACAACUUCCGCUGCUGCUGACGAUUCAUCAAGCGGUUCUGUGACGGAGGAAAUGCCUAGCAUCUUCACCACGACGUCAGGAAACUCGACUGUCUUGAUGACACAAUCUAGUUCCACUAUUUCGAGCGUCACUCCCACUAUUACACCUCCUUCUGCAGAAGGUAACCCUCACAUUUUUAGAACGUCAGAUAGGGAUGGUACAGUAUUCAUAGCAGUUGGCGCAUGUGCAGCCAUGAUCUUUUUGGCAAUAUUGAUCUGGUGGAGUAUCGUCACUUAUAUCUCACACAGAAACACGAAGAGAGCAUACUAUGACACCAUGGAGAAGAAUUAUGAUGUUACAACAAAUAACCCAUUUUAUGACAUUCCGAUUACCAAUAGCAGUGAUAAUGGGGAUGAUGCAGAUGAAAAACUUGUUGCUAAUAAUAACAGAAGAGGAUCUAAAAUAGCUUUAUUUGGUGCUAAUGCACAGAAAUCAAGUAGAAGGGAAUCGUGGGAUUCUAUUCCUAAUGCAUCUGCCGUUGAUCUUCUUAUGGGCGCAACAGAAACAAAAGAUCAGCAAUUUGGAUUUAAUUCAAUUCAGGAUAAUAUUCCAACUUACUACAACAGAAAUUCAUUGUUUAUUUCCCCAACAUUUGAAGUAUCAAAACAGAAAACUCCACAAAAGCCAUUCCAAUCACCUUCAAAAUUCGGAAAAUUGGCAGAUGCCAGUCAAGGCAAUCAAUCCACGAUAUCUUUAGUCUCUACAGAUAGCAAACCAGGCUAUCAUAGACCAGAAAGAGCAGCAUCUCCUGAAAGGAAAAGUAAAGUAAGAGAGACUUACCAUAGAAGGAACCAAUCAUCUCUAAGUUUCAUCGCAAGCCCGUCGAAGAUUAACGUACCACCAGGUGAUAACUUCGACUCAAACAAGUCUACAUAUAACACAGGUAACCACAUAAAUGAUAGUAGCGUUUUACAGACGCCAACAAAACCUAAGAGAUUUAAUGGCAAACCUACAGCAUCUUCAUUCCUUGACAACAUGUUGGGAGACGAGCAUUAA